UGCGUCAACGUCACCAUCUUCUCGACGGCCGAAUGUCGCCGGUUAUAUCCCGGUUCCAUCACCGAGAACAUGCUCUGCGCCGGCAGUCUCCAAGGCGGUAGGGACUCGUGCCAGGGUUUGGAUGACCUCGUCUCGUGGGGCAUGGAGAAAUGUGGUCAACCCAAGAGACCCGGGGUCUACACCAAGGUCUGUAGAUACUUCCAGUGGAUCCAGAAGAUCAUGAAGGACAACCAAUGA